AUGUCUGAAUGUCUCCAGAUCUCACUUGCUGUUUGUAGACUUGGCAUCCGCACGUGUUUCCGAGCGCUGUGCUGCAAGGGACCCCCGCCCGCGCGCCCCGAGUAUGACCUCGUCUGCAUAGGCCUCACGGGCUCCGGCAAGACCAGCCUGCUGUCCCGGCUCUGCAGCGAGAGCCCCGAGCACGUCGUGUCCACCACCGGUUUUAGUAUAAAGGCAGUGCCCUUCCAGAACGCCGUCUUGAAUGUGAAGGAGCUCGGAGGGGCCGACCACAUCCGCAAGUACUGGAGCCGCUACUACCAGGGCUCCCAGGGCGUGAUCUUCGUGCUGGACAGCGCGUCUUCGGAGGGCGACCUGGAGACGGCCCGCAGCGAGCUGCACUCGGCCCUGCAGCACCCGCAGCUCUGCACGCUGCCCUUCCUCAUCCUCGCCAGCCACCAGGACAAGCCGGCCGCCCGCUCCGCCCAGGAGGACGGAGCUCGGAUGCCGUGUGAUCUCACCGGCUGUGAAGCAGACACGCCACUCCCCGGAGGCUCUGUUGCCGAGAAGUGUGUUAUCAGAGCCUCGAGAUGUGACCAGGGGCCCUCAGGGGAGACGGCCCCUCGUUCCCUCACCCACCGCUGCGGGCCUGCUGACGCCUACCUCCCGCCGGCCCCGGGUAAAAGAAGAGCAGAGCUCUUUCACAAACAUCUCGGUAACGAGUUUGUGUUUGUUACAAAGCGUCUCCUCACCCUCGAGCCCCAGUCCCCCGUGCAGAAUGGCGCUCCCUGCUCCUGGCUCCUGCCCAGCUGCUUGGGAGCCCGCAGGCCUGUCCGGCUCCUCUGCGGCCACCAUCAGCCCCUGGUGCAGGGGGAAGUGGUGUUUGUGUCUGCACUGCUGCCGGCAGCCCAGUCCCUGCGCGUGGAGGUGCCCAGUGCUGCCUCUCGACGAUCUGAUGGGACCCUUCCCCUCGCCACCUCGCGAGCCGAGGUCCCCAGCAUCUUCUGUUCAGUGUUCGUUGCAAAGUCCCUGCGAGCGGCCGUGAGA